AUGGCGGCACCCAUCCUCCCUCUGCCGCAGGUGAAGCUGCCCACCACUCCCACCACGCGGCUCACCCCCGAACAGCUCUACUGGCGCUCCUUCAAGUCUCUUUUACUCCUGUCCUCGCCAUCAAACACGCCGAUAACGCACAUAUCUCAGCCUCUCGCACCCACAUCUUCAUCUUCACCCGCCGCUUUACAGCCACCAGAUAUCUUCACCGUAACCACGGGGGCGCGAGUCCAGAUAUACUCAAUUAGGACCCGCAAGCUGCUAAAGACUAUCACCCGUUUCGACGACAACACUCGCUGCUCAGACGUCCGUUUUGACGGCCGUGUUCUAGUUGCCGGAGAUGAGACGGGAGCCAUACAGGUAUUCGACGUAAACUCGCGGUCUAUCCUCCGGACAUGGAAGGAACACAAGCAGCCAACAUGGGUAGCGAAAUUCUCGCCCUCUUCAGCGACAGAUCUAUUGACAGCCAGUGACGACCGGACAGUUCGAUUAUGGGAUCUACCCAGUGAAAAGAGCGUGAGAAGCUUUACUGGGCAUGCAGACUACGUUCGAAGCGGUGCUUUUAUGCCCGGGGCUCAAUCGUCGAAUUUGGUUAUUUCUGGCAGUUAUGAUCAGACAGUCAGGCUGUGGGAUACUAGGGCUGAAGGCCGGGCGGUGAUGACGUUUAAGCUACCCGCGCCGGUGGAGAGUGUGCUCCCCAUGCCCCUAGGCACAACUGUGUUGGCCUCCGCCGACAAUCAGAUUGCCGUUCUAGACGUCGUUGCUGGAAAGCCGCUACACAUGAUCAACAGUCACCAGAAGACCGUCACCUGCUUGUCAGUGGCCUCUCAAGGAAACAGAGUCAUGAGUGGUUCGCUAGACGGACAUAUGAAGGUCUUCGAGACAACCGGCUGGAAUGUCGUUGGAGGCACCAAAUACCCAUCUCCCAUCCUUUCCUUGGGGGUAAUUACCUCCGGCCCCCAGCGUGAGGACAAACACGUCGUAGUAGGUAUGCAGUCAGGUGUCCUCUCGAUUCGCACGCGGUUCUCGGGUGAGCAGAAGGUCCGCGAACGUGAGCGAGAACGAGAAAUGAAAGCGCUGCUAGAAGGCAAAUUGGAAGAACACGAUCGCCAAGUCGCAAAGGAGAACAAGAAAAAGGCCCGUGGCCAGGGUUGGGAGAAGCGGCUACGCGGCAUGGACUUUGUUGGCGAAGGAAUCGAUAUUGUCAUCGACCCUGACCAGAACGGAAAGAAGAAACGAAAGCGCGAAAAGGGCUGGGAAAACGAUCUCCGCAAGGGCAGGUAUAGCACCUCGUUAGACACUGUGCUCGAGUCGGGUGAUAAGAUUACUAUCAUCACACUACUAACCGCUCUGCGGCAUCGGGCUGCUCUACGUACCGCUUUGGCUGGCCGCGACGAAGCAACCUUGCAGCCUAUUUUACAAUGGGUUUAUAAGUCUAUCACCGAUCCGCGACUAGUCGAUUUAAGCGUUGAAGUGUCUAUGAAUAUUCUAGAUAUCUACUCCGCGCAUCUUGGGCAGUCAGUACAUAUUGAUAAUAUGGUGCAUAAGCUUCAUCGACGGGUCAAGGAGGAGGUUGAUCGAGCCCAGCAAGCGUGGCAGACAAAGGGGAUGCUGGAUAUGCUAAAGGCAUGA